AAGCCCCAGAGUCAUUAUAACCACGGCUACAGUGAGAGCGUGGGCCGCAAGAACCACGUGGACGACUACAGCACCUGGGACAUCGUCAAAGCCACGCAGUACGGUAUCUUCGAGCGCUGCAGAGAGCUGGUGGAGGCCGGAUAUGACGUGCGACAGCCGGACAAGGAGAACGUCACCCUGCUACACUGGGCAGCCAUCAACAACAGGAUAGACCUGGUCAAGUUCUACAUAUCAAAAGGAGCCAUAGUGGAUCAGCUGGGAGGAGAUCUCAACUCCACACCGCUGCACUGGGCAACCAGGCAGGGCCACCUGUCCAUGGUUGUGCAGCUGUUGAAAUACGGGGCGGACCCGUCUCUGAUUGACGGCGAAGGCUGCAGCUGCGUCCACCUGGCUGCCCAGUUUGGCCACACCUCCAUCGUGGCUUACCUCAUCGCCAAGGGACAGGAUGUAGACAUGAUGGACCAGAACGGCAUGACUCCUCUGAUGUGGGCCGCCUACAGAACACACAGCGUGGACCCCACACGGCUCCUCCUGACCUUCAACGUGUCGGUAAACCUGGGCGACAAGUACCACAAGAACACGGCACUGCACUGGGCGGUGCUCGCCGGCAACACCACAGUCAUCAGCCUGCUGCUGGACGCCAACGCCAAUGUAGACGCACAGAACAUCAAGGGUGAGACGCCGCUGGAUCUCGCCAAGCAGAGGAAGAACAUGUGGAUGAUAAAUCACUUACAGGAAGCCCGACAGGCCAAAGGCUACGACAGCCCGUCCUACCUGAAGAGACUCAAGAUGGACAAGGAGUUCAGGCAGAAGGUCAUGCUGGGAACUCCCUUCCUGGUCAUCUGGUUGGUGGGUUUCAUUGCCAACCUUGACAUCGACUCCUGGUUGGUCAAAGGCGUCAUGUACGCUGGCGUCUGGGUUGCCGUGCAGUUCCUGUCCAAGGCGUUCUUUGACCACUCCAUGCACAGUGCUCUUCCUCUGGGCAUCUAUCUGGCCACAAAGUUCUGGAUGUACUCCACCUGGUUCUACUGGUUCUGGAACGAUCUGCCGUUCGCCACGGUCCACAUUCCCUUCCUGAUAAACAGCGUGGCACUCUUCUACAACUUUGGUAAAUCCUGGAAGUCCGACCCCGGGAUCAUCAAGGCCUCCGAAGAGCAGAAGAAGAAGACAAUAGUUGAGCUGGCAGAGUCGGGCAGCCUGGAUCUCAGUAUAUUCUGCAGCACCUGCCUGAUACGGAAGCCCAUCAGGUCCAAACACUGCGCCGUCUGCAACCGCUGCAUCGCCAAGUUUGACCACCAUUGCCCCUGGGUGGGAAACUGUGUUGGAAGUGGGAACCAUCGUUACUUCAUGGGUUACCUGUUCUUCUUGCUCUGUAUGAUCUGCUGGAUGAUCUACGGCUGCAUCUCCUACUGGAGGAUCCACUGUGCCACCAGUUAUGCGAAGGACGGGUUCUGGCUCUACGUGACCCAGAUUGCGUCCUGCUCGCCCUGGAUGUUCUGGAUGUUUCUGAACAGUGUCUUCCACUUCAUGUGGGUUGCCGUGCUCAUCAUGUGCCAGCUCUACCAGAUCGCCGGUCUGGGGAUCACCACCAACGAGAGGAUGAACGCUCGCCGAUACAAGCACUUUAAAGUCACCGCCACGUCCAUCGAGAGCCCCUUCAAUCACGGGUGCAUUCGGAACCUCAUAGAUUUCUUCGAGGUCCGCUGCUGUGGUUUGAUCCGGCCCGUCACCGUGGACUGGACUACUCAGUACACAAUAGAGUACGACCAGACAUCCGGGUCGGGCUACCAGCUGGUGUAG